AUGGCCGACUCUCUCACCGAGGAGCAAGUCUCCGAGUUCAAGGAGGCCUUCUCCCUCUUUGACAAGGACGGUGAUGGACAAAUCACCACCAAGGAGCUCGGCACCGUCAUGCGCUCUCUGGGCCAGAACCCCAGCGAGUCUGAGCUGCAGGACAUGAUCAACGAGGUCGACGCCGACAACAACGGCACCAUUGACUUCCCUGAGUUCCUGACCAUGAUGGCCCGCAAGAUGAAGGAUACCGACUCGGAGGAGGAGAUCCGCGAGGCAUUCAAGGUCUUCGACCGUGACAACAACGGCUUCAUCUCCGCUGCCGAGCUCCGUCACGUCAUGACCUCGAUUGGCGAGAAGCUGACCGAUGACGAGGUUGACGAGAUGAUCCGCGAGGCGGACCAGGACGGCGACGGCAGGAUCGACUACAACGAGUUUGUGCAGCUUAUGAUGCAGAAGUAA